AUGUUCGCCUUCGAUUUGACCGCCGAUCCUCCUCCGCCGACCGCCGAUCGAGCGGAAAUGGCGUCAGACAACCACCUAGCGCCGUCUGGCGACCAGAUGGAGUAUUCCGGCAGCUCCAAUUCCUCCGUCGUCAAUGUGGACACCUCGAGCACCGCUGGGGACGAGAACUCGUGCUCGAACCACACUGUCGGUUUCAAUAUAUGGAAGGGCGUAGCUGAGGAGGGCGAGAGAUCGAGCGGCGGUUGUGUGACGAAGGAGUUUUUUCCGGCCGGCGGCGAAACGCGGCCGAUCCGGUGGGUGGAUCUCGUGGAGAGCCGCAGCGAGCUGCCAGAGGAGGUGAUCACUGCGCAGCAGCUGCAGAGGAGGCAGCUCGUGAAGAAGAGUCGGAGGGGGCCGAGGUCCCGCAGCUCUCAGUAUCGUGGCGUCACGUUCUACCGCCGCACCGGACGUUGGGAAUCUCACAUUUGGGACUGUGGUAAACAAGUUUAUUUGGGGGGAUUUGACACUGCACAUGCUGCGGCUAGGGCAUAUGACCGUGCUGCAAUCAAAUUUCGUGGUCUUGAUGCCGACAUCAAUUUCAAUGCCAGUGAUUAUGAAGAUGAUCUCAAGCAGAUGAAGAAUUUAACCAAGGAAGAAUUCGUUCACAUACUUCGGCGCCAGAGCACAGGGUUCUCUAGAGGAAGCUCAAAGUAUAGGGGAGUAACAUUGCACAAAUGUGGAAGAUGGGAAGCUCGGAUGGGGCAGUUUCUUGGCAAGAAGUAUAUCUAUCUUGGGUUGUUCGACAGUGAGAUAGAAGCUGCAAGGGCAUAUGACAAGGCUGCUAUCAAGUGCAAUGGAAGAGAUGCAGUCACCAAUUUUGAGCCGAGCACGUACGAAGAGGAGUUGAAUUCUGUGCCAGACAUUGGAAAUGCCGAACAUCACGAUCUUGACCUGAACUUGUGCAUCGCGCCACCUCAUGGAGCUAAUGUCCAAACUCAGAACAUCGAGGCCGGAAACUUUCAAAUGCAUUUCGGUCCAAACAACCUUACUGGGAAUGGACCAAAGGUUCUGUGGACAAUUGACGAGGCCCUGCUUCAGCCUCUGUGGGAGCUCAAUUGUCCCACAUACAUGGUAACGUUUGUGAACGCCCUUUCAUCUGGACUGGACUAGACUUGUACUUUUCCCCCUCCUAUAAGGUAUUACUUUAUGUUAAUUUUUUUCAGCCUAUCUGCUUAACUUUAAC